AUGGACAGCAAGACGAUGAAUUGGACAAAAUGUGCUAACCCGAUAACGUCUGUUACUCCAUCGGCUGGACAAAGGAAACCAUCUCUGUCACUGAGCGGUGAUUUGGAAGCUAGAGCGGCAGAAGUUUUGAAAACAAGCGCCUCCUUUAUCCACAGUUUUAGCUACCAUUGCGAAAUCGCUGACAAACAGAUAUACCUGACCAUGGCAAGACCAGCCUUUCAUCUCUCAGGCCAGCUACGUAGUGAUCAUAGGCGUGAACGAUUCUCCCAGUAA